AUGCGGAACGGAUCGGCUAAAUCGCGUCACGUUAGACCUCUGGACAUCAAGAAACUCCUCGACGACGAUCAUGAAUCCGACGACCUCGAUGCCGAUAUGACUGUCGCGGAAGUGUUUGUCGAUAAUGGCAGAGCUCGGCAGGAUUUGUCCGACCAGCGGGGUACUGUCCGUGUGAUACAGAAGCCUGGUCAAUAUGCCCCUGUGCGGUUCCCCUCCGUCACUCAGGACUGGGAUGCCGCUGCGCAAAACUUUGAGCGCCAGAUCCAGGUCAAGAAGGAGGCCGUCAAGAAGGCGAUGGAUCAGAUCCCGACCAUUCAUGAAGAAGAGAAUAAUGAAUAUUCGAAUGCUGGUUCUGUUAGUGCACGGUCGUCUGCGUGGAGUCCCUAUGAGAACCGUCGGUCUGAAAUCCCCGUUUCGUCUGUGGAAAAGGAUGAGGUCCCAGGCUCGCCUGCGCCUUGGGAUAAGAAGCCAGUACUGCAUGAGGAGGAUUCUCAGAAUCAGGUUGGCAGCAGUAUUGCGGCUACACCUUUGCAUAAGCGCAUGCAGAGCCAGGAAUUGGGGGACUCCCCAUCGCACACCCCGACGCCUGAAGAGCGCGCUGCGUCUAGACACAAUUCCUCGCAAGGUUCCGCAAGACAGCCGGUCAAGGAGGCGACGGAAUCGAAAGCUAAUGGCUCGCACGAGAUGGAGAGUAUCGAUGGAUCUCUGUCGCCCUUGAGUACUCGGAAACCACCCCAGCGGCGACAAGUACCCGAACCCCAGCCGCCAGCCCCAGUUGUUGAUGUUGACAGCGAGAGCGAGAGUGAGAGCGAAGACGAGAGCGAGGAUGAGACAGGAGACGAAAAUAACGAGAACGUGGCUCCCCCGUCUGCUCAGAAGAAUAAGCUCCAGAAUGGUGAUGUCGAAAUGCAUGAUACGGUGGAAUCUACGGAGGAACAGCCACAGUCGAGUAACAGCAACUCGCGCAAGAGAAAAUUGAGCCAGGACAGCUUCGAACCGAGCAAAGAGCCCCGCCUUUCUGAGCCAGGAAGCACGCAUGCUACGCCCAAGGGCAUCAAAGACAGCAUGGUAACAGUUGAGGUGAGUCCGUAUACUCCAAGCAAGCGCGCGCGAGCCCCAUCAGUUGGAUUUAGCCCCCGCCGAAGCUUCUUAAUGCGUGCCCCAUCCGCACCCCCAAAGCAUGGUCUAGGCUUGGGAAUCACAAGAAGCCCUCCAAACAACCGACUUACACGCUAUUUGACCCAGGACUCGGCCGUCCCCCCACCCAACUUUCUGGCCCCUAAUGGUACCCCGGAGAUUCCCAGUAGCGCCCCUACUAUCCGCCGUGGCUCAGUAUCGCUUGCCCCGUACUCCACACCGUCGAAGGCCCAGGCCCCACUCGACAAAGUCAAGAACCUGCACUCGGCCUUGCGUAAGAGCUCCCCGGCUGAACGGCCGUCCGAACGACGAUCAGUAUCGUUCGCUGAGUCAGACGAGGUAGUGUUUGCCGGGUCUCAGCCAGUGCCAAAGUCGAACCCUCAGAGUACCUCUAAAUCUCGAGCCAAGAGUUCAGACCCCGAUAGGAGGACGUCCGACCCAAGCUCCAUGGUCUUCCCUGCUUCUGUGCCCAAAGAGCGGCUGGACCAGCUCAUGGAAGAAGCAAACCGGAAGAUUGAGCAGGAUAAACAAUACGAGGAGAAGUUGCAGGCUAAGCUCCAGACCGCACGGGAGCAGAAAGCUAGUGCUCAGUAUAUUCGCAAGCUACAGGAACUGACGGACGCAUGGACGGCUCUCAAGAAGGCUGAAAAGCACCAAAAGACGAAAACCGUAGCUCAGCGUAAGUUCGAUACACUUCAGAAAGAGGUCGACAGGCUUGAGGCUACGCAGAAACCCAAGCCAGCUUCUGCUACACCACAGAAGAAACAGCAAUCCACGACACCACGUACUCAGCCCACUGAUGCCGUCAAAUUGCCGACGCCGCAUGACACGAAAUUUGCAAGUGACAGCAAAUCUCCAGCUUCGGAAAGCCAUACUCAGCCUCAGAAGACCUCUCCGAUGCAGAUGCGGACCAGGUCAGCUAGCAAGCUGGACGCUUCCCCGAAGAUUGUCCCCAGCGAGCCUCAGAGCUCCUUUGCUUCCGACAACCUGGACCUGCCACCCAUGGACCGAACCGUUCACAGAGCUGGCUCGUCCAAACCCAGCGGAACACCAGUUCGUGCAAGCACGGUAAAAUCGCCCGAAAAGGCUCCUAAGCCGUCUCCGCAGGCACCAAUCGAGUUGUCGUCUGAUUCAGAAGAGUCCGAGGAAUCGGAUUCGGAACCCGAGUCGGAGUCGGAGUCCGAGGAAGAGGAAGAGAAGAAGCCUGCGAUCCGUCAAACAGCGUCGUCACCAGUGAAAGCCAACACCGCAACACCUUCCCAGGUGCCAGCCUCACAACCAGCUCCGUCGCAGACAUGGGCACGUCCUUCAAGUGCAACGCGCACGACGCGCACGACACUAAAGUCAUUGAUCCAGAACCAGAAGAAGGAGCUGGAAGCGAAGACGCAGCCGAAACGCGCGGCGAACUCACAACCCCAGAAGCGAAGCGUGUACUCGCCGCCAUCUGAUGACAGUGAAAGCGAGAGCGAGAGCGAGAGUAGCAGCAGCGACAGCGACAGUGAUUGA